AUGCCAUCUCUGAGACAGCUUCAAAUAGGUAUUACCUUUGAGGAGUACAAGCAUCAUGCGUCCAUCACUCGUGCCAAUGAGAAGAAGGCCAACGAGGAGCACAUGCGCACGAGAGGCCCAGUCACCCUCGUUAGCCUCAUCAAGGACAGAUUCUCCAAGGGACAUGUGCAAGCUACACGUCAGGAUGAUGGCAUCGUAGACUUGAUCGCAUCUUCGCAAGUCGCAAAGCCCCAACAGAAAGAUCAGUCGAUUAUUCAGACGCGGCCCAUUAGCGGGCACGGCGACGGUGGAGCGUCAACCAGCGAUGAGCUGUACUUGGCAAAUAGGGCACUUCGCACCGCAGGAUGGGGAAGUGUCUUUUAUCUCAUCACGACAGAUGUGCUUGGCCCCUCAAAUACGCCUUGGGCCUUUGCACAGACAGGCUAUGGUCCGGGCGUCGUUAUGUACAUUGCCUUUGGUUCACUCUCGGCCUACUCUGGUUGGCUGUUGUACAAGAUGUUUCUAGGCCUGGACUCAGAUCGUUACCCACUGAGGAAUUACGCGGACAUUUUCCUCCGCCUCUAUGGGUCUGGAGCUGGCUAUUUCGUCCAUUUCGCCCAGGCCGUACAGCUGAUCCUCUCCAUUGCAUACCUCAUCCUGCUGAAUGGUCAGGCGAUCUCCCAGAUCUCGCAGACGACACCAGGGAAGAACGGGCUCUGUUUUAUUGUCUGUGUCCUCAUUUUCACCUUGAUUGGCAUGGUAGCGGGCCAAGUUCGCACGCUGCAGCGGUUUGCCUGGCUUGCCAACUUUUCUGUUUUUAUCCAGCUCAUUCAAGUAUUCAUCAUCAUGGGUCUCGUGGCGCAUUUUGCACCUAACUAUGCCGCAAUUGAGGCAUCUUUCGGUCUCCCACCGGGCCCAAUCCAGACAUUCGCUGGUACACCACCUGAUGGACUCAAGACUGGUGGUACUGGAUCCUCAGCCGGAAUCAACGCAGCAUCACAGGCGGUCCUGGCAUAUGGAGGCGCCAUGUUCUUCCCUGCGUUCAUGGCGGAAAUGCGCCAUCCCAUGGACUUUUGGAAGGGCAUGGUAUGCGCGCAGGCACUGCUUACCAUCGUCUAUGUCGUAUUCGGGGCAGAGGUCUACCACUUCCAAGGCCAGUUCACGUACCUCCCUGUGGCGCAGGGCAUCAGUAACUAUGGCUGGCAGACAGCGUUGAAUGUCAUGUCCAUGCUUGCCGGCCUGAUCGCUACCUGCCUUUAUACGAAUAUCGGCUUGAAGAUUGCCUACGUUGAGGUUUUGCAGCCUUUUGGAUUCUCCCCUCUGACGACGAAGAAGGGCAAGCUCUGGUGGGCGGCCAUGGCACCCGUGGUCUGGGCUAUUGGGUUCGUGAUUGCACCAGCAAUCCCACAGCUAGCCUCCGUCUCCAGUUUUGGAGGUGCACUCUUCGGGAUCGGAUUCAGCUAUAUUUUCCCUGCCCUGGGCGCGCUGGGCUAUUUCAUCCGCGAAGAUGCCAUGGUUGCUGACAUGGAGACAUUUGACGAGGCAAGUCGCACUUACAACUAUGUGGACCGUGGGUGGAAGCGGUUCCUCCGAGCUGUCAAGAAACGACCCUUGUUCCACUUGUGGAAUCUGGUGUAUUUUCUUUGCUCACUUGGAGGUUGUGUGCUCGGGUGCUACACUGCGAUUAAACAGAUAAUACUUAUCUUUCAAGCGGGUGUUGCUACAAGUUUUACCUGCACGAGUCCUGUUUAG